UAUGUAUUUUCAAUUUAUCUCGAACGGAUUUUCCUCGUACUACAUUCGAAGUUUAUCUCUGCGCAGAUUUAAGAGGAAAAUAAUUGUUUUCGAAAUUUGAUCCGACAGAACAAUUUCGCUAGACGCGAGGAUUCGCGAAUUGCAUCGGGUCGGGAUGUGCGAGCGCUUCUCCUCUCAUUAUCAACGAAUUGGUUCAAGCCGGUAGUCUUUGCCCCCGACUUUGGAGUCACGGAGGCUGCCGCUAAAUCGUUUCGCUAUAUACGGAGUGGGGAUCCUUGAUGUGGGGCAUCAGUUUUGCCAGUUUAAUUCGCGAGACGAGGCGCGAACGCUUUUCCGCGACUCUCGCAUCGCGGUUGCUGCCGAUUUAAUUAUCAUCAUCAUCAUCAUCAUCAUCAUCAUCAUCAUUAUCAUCCUUUAUCAUCAUUACAGCCUGAUUUAGUAAACAUCAUGGAAUAUCGAAGACUUGUAUUUACAGAAUAUCGUUAUGGAAAAAUUCAUUAAGAUCGCUAAUGAUUCUUCGCACGAUCGCUAAGCAAGGUGCCCAAGUUAGAGACUGAAGUGUGUGUGGUGUUCCUUCUCUCUCUUUGACGAGCUCAUUACACGAUAUAAUUACGUAUAUAUAGGUACCUUAUAUAUCUGAUUUAUAAUAGCAGUACGUGAUAUACUGGCGAUGAAAAAUCGACUCGGAAACACGGUGGUGUCGACGUUUCCUGGAUGUUUGAUAUUUCCGGAUCGACAUGUAGUGAACUACUUUGCGUAAUGCCAAGACAUUGAAGCGGGGUGAUUGAACUCGACCGGCGAAUCAUCAUGCUUACUUUCCAAUUUACUCACGCGAUCGCCUUUCUGGCCACAAUCUUCCUAAUCGGCAAGUGCUACGCUCAUCCCACACUCCAGCGGCAAGAGGUGAGACCGUUGUGUGUGGGCUGCGGCAACGAUUGUGAUAAAUGCGAGUUUGGUUUCGCAAUAUCGGCUCUCUGUGGUAUCGCCGAAUGUCGACGAGGCCCCGGCCAGAUUUGCGGCGGUCCGAGCGAGGCCUGGGGCGUGUGCGGCGACGGAUUGAUCUGCAGUUGCAACCGAUGCGCGGGCUGCAGUCUGGACUCCCUCACGUGCUUCCCGAAUCCUUGCCUGCCCCAUCAGAGCCUGGAGUCGCGGAGCCAUCAUCUCGAGAUCCUCGACAGAUUUCCUCUCGACAGAAUUGCCAAGUAAAAACGGAAACCCAGCCCGCUCCGGAUAAACGAAAAGGAUGACGGAUAUGGAUGGAUGGGACGACGAAUGCGAGAAGCGAAUGAGAGAGAGAGAGAGAGAGAAAUGCGGAUAUAUAUUAACGAUUUUCCGAAUUAUUUAUUGCAUUUCACGAUACGUGUAUAAUCCCAUUAGGUAUCUACGAUUGUGAUAGACAACUCGUCGGGGCCCGGGUCUCUGUUUCCUUCCCGCGAAACGACGGAGCCCCUGUCCGUGUUUAAUGGCAUUUCUGUGAUUUUUUAAUUACUGUGUUAAUUAAUGAAUUGUCGCGCUCUUAUUCCACGCACGCCUGAAUGAAACGCGGAUGCGCGCGCGUGUGCGAGCGUGCGUCGCCGGCUAGCUUGAUCUCGUGAGAUACUCGAAUGAAUCAUCGCGCAUGCUUCUUGGCUGUGAAUCGCAUAUAUCUCUCGCGGAUUACGCGCGCGAGGCGAUGACUGGGUCCUCGAUGUUCCCAUGCGAAUCCACCGUUUCCGCCGAAAAUCGAGAGUGUCAAUCGAAAUGCACAAUACACGGGAGAAAAUGUCGCGGAUAAGAAGAGGAUUCUCCGUGCUGAUCGUUCGAUAUUGUGGAAUCGAACAAUUUCCUCCAACUCUUUACGCACUCGAUUUCAUAUAUAUUCGAUUUUCAAAUUAAAUUUUUUUAACAUUCUCUCCCCCAAAAAUAACGCGCGUUUAAUUAGACAAAUAUAUGAUUAACAUGUCAUUAUUGCUUCUUUAAUAGACUAUUAUUAAUAUUUAAUAAAAGAGAAAAAGUGUACUAUUAUUUUGUUAUUUUUUUUAUAAUUAUCCGUUGGUGUCUUAAAAAUGUGAUAAGUAUAUUUUACGUAGCUCUCGGUAUUUUUGCGGAGACCGGCCGUGAAUGUUUGGUGAACGCCACCCUAUAUAACGAACAACAAAAUAAAAUUGGCUGCAUUCAUAUGCACAUUAUUGA